AUGGGCCAUAUUGUUCACCCAAAACGGAAAACAAAGGCAAUGCAUAACAUUUUACUCCACGAACGUCGUCGACUCUCAGCGCGACAGAUGCUUGGUGCUUGCAUAAUGACCGGAAUGCCAUAUACAAAAGGUGCUCGCUUUCUUUCUCUUUGUGGAACUAAGCCCCCUGUGAAGAGUGGUGUCAUGAGACAACAGAGAUUUUGUGACGAUAAGAUUAGAAGACUUAAAAGUAUUUCCCUAAUGCUGUCGAGAAAGUCCUUCAGUGGUUACUUAUCCAUUGAUGCAAGAUGGACGCACAGGCGAAACUCGCCAAGUUGUACAGUAACUGCGCUCGAUGCUGUCACAAAAAGAGUUCUUGCAUGCGUGAACAUCAACCAUAUUGGUGGAAACAGACAGCAUGCUCAGUAUUCCGGAGCUUCCAACAAUAUGGAAAGUGCUGGAACUCGAAUCAUCUUGAAGCAAUUAAAGAAAUACAAUAUCUUGAAAGAUGUUAAAGAGAUUAUUAAAGACCGAGAUAACAAAAGUGUCUCUGUCUUUAAAGAAUUUGGCGUCUCUCAUCUUGAAAGAUUCGAUCCAGGUCAUGUAUCAAAAAAUAUCUCAAAAGAUUUUACAAAGUUCUCAGCUUCUCAUAAGACAGUUGAAGUUUUCAACGACAAGACUCAGAAGAUUGAAAAAAUAGAGAGACCUUUCUGGGGUCUGAAUGCAAGCCUAAGUAUGUGGCUUUGGUCAUGUUUUGCCGAAGAAAAUAUUGACAAAC